CAGCUUUUUCAUUGUUGUGCAUGCUAAACGAUGAAGCAAGUGAUCAGUUUAGUGGUUUUGGGAUUGCUCUACGCUAAUACGUUUGUAUCACAAGCAGGAGCUCAAUGUGAAGAACAGGGCAAUGAUAAUGUCCAAGUCGGAGUGGUGCAAUCUGGACGCAUUAUUAAUGGCAUCGGAGUGAAGAUCGAUAGGUACAAGUUUGCUCUAAGCCUGCGCAGCUUCGGUCAACAUGCUUGUGGCGCUAGCAUCAUUACACAUUCGCAUGCCUUAACAGCGGCGAAAUGUGUGUAUCAUUUUCAAUUUGAUGUUUCUAGAGUAAAUCUCUACGCAGGAAGUACAUCUGCUCUAAUUGGUGGAAUAUUGAUCCCGGUUGACAAAAUUGUUGUUCAUCCUGACUAUAAAUCUUCGAUUAUCGCAUCGAAUGUCGCAUCUGAUUUCGAUGUAGCUGUUCUAACUGUACCCCUGUUUUCUUUUGUCGGUAGACCUAAUAUGGCUCCAAUAGCAUUGCAAACAUUUGAUGUAAAACCCGGUACUCUGUGCCAUGUGAUUGGAUGGGGCCAAACAAUUAAAAACGGUCCAAUGCUGGUAAAUGAAUUGCGUUACGCCAGUAUGAGGAUUACUUCGCAGACUACUUGUGCACGCUUAUGGAGUCCAACACAAUUGGUUGUGCCGAACAUGAUUUGUGCCAAAUACUGCUUAGGAGUGGAUGUCUGCACUGGUGACAACGGCAAUGCGUUAGUUUGUAACGGAAAACUAACUGGAAUCGUUUCGAACUCCAAUCGCGACUGCGGAGGGGCUAAGCCAGCAAUUUUCAUUAGGACUGAGGCGUUAAGCAUUCGCUUGUUUAUUCAAAACAAUAUACAAAUGUUUGGGAAAUAAACUAAAAUUUUACUAAACCAUA